GUCAAGCCGAGGACCUGCUCAAACCGAACGUCUGCAUACCGAUCGUUGGUUUUUUAUAAGCGCGCGUCGGUGCACGCGGCGCUACGUCUGUGUGAGUGAGAACUGCGCCAGUGUGCGUGCGGCUCGUUCUCGCGCGCGCCGCGCUCCCAUUGUUGUGUGCAGUAGACUCGCGACUCUCGGCCCGCCGCGGCCCGUUUCACGCGCUCGCCAACAACGACUAAAACUGCCGGCGAUAAACAAAAUAAUGACCAGUGUACCACAUUACGUGCAUCGCGAGUGCAACAAGCGACAACAGUGUGUGAUAACGAGUAUGUAACGUGCGUGUUGUGUCAAACGGUGUGCGUUUUUCAACGUGUUUUGGAGUUUGAAGGCGCGUGGACAGCGCAAUGCACGUCGUGUUUAGAUGCAAUCCAACGCAAAAUAUAACGGAACACCUCAACCUUAGGCAUUUUAAGUUUAACCUGACAAAAGUUAUCUGUGAUCUCAUUUUAGUUUAGUAAAAAAAAACAAUCGCCUAAAUUAGUUACGAGUACAUAAGUGAAAAAAAAAAAACAUUAGACUGAACAAACAAAUGUCAAUCCGGCGCGAAGGACCGUGAAGUUUGAAUUUGGAAACAGACAAAAUGGCGGUUCAGUGAGUGGUCAUGGAUGACAGAUAGUGGAUAGGUUGUGGUGUUAGUGGAUGGGAUAAUGGAAGUUGGGGCGUUGGGUUCGUGAAAAUGCCGCAUGCUCAUUCGAGUUCGGCGGCGAGCUCGGGCGGCGACGACCUGGGCUCCACUGAUGAGGUCAAGGUCUUCAAAGACGAAGGCGACGGAGAAGACGAGAAGCGGAGCUCCGAGAAUUUACUUGAAGAGAAGUCCAGUCUAAUCGAUUGGACGGAAAGUGAGAAAUCCGGCGAGCCUUACCCCGGUAAACUAUCGGUAAAGUCGGACCUAAGCCCUGUGUUUGGUAAAUUCGAGCCGCAUCCUGCUGCCAGUUUCAACAUGGGUUACCUCAUGGCGCCGUACCCCUACCCCAACGGUGGGGCGCAUCCCCUGCCCGUCUCAAUGUUUAUCGACAGCGGCAUCGACCGUGUCCCAUCACUACAGACGGGUAAGAUGGGCCUGCCUGCGGGAGGGAGCCUCUCCCUCUUCUGUCCUGGCGGAGAACUGGGACAGCCACCACCAGCCCAUAUGGGCAUACCCCCGCCUUACCAGCUCGACUCUAAGUUAGCGGCCGGCCUGGCGCGGACGCCCAUGUACCCCUUCCCAGGGGGUACAUACCCCUACCCCAUGCUCAGUCCAGAAAUGUCACAAGUUGCAGCGUCAUGGCAUACUCCAAGCAUGUACCCAAUAUCUUCAGCGGCGAGUGGCUUCAGGAGUCCUUACCCCACGUCGUUGCCUAUUUCUAGUUCUAGUCUAUCGAGGUAUGGUAUCCCUAGUGAAUUGUACCGGUUUUCUCCAACACUGGGCGGAGGCCUAGGGCUGGGCUUAGGGCCUGCGCUCGUGCCUCCUCCUCCCUCUAAGUCAGACCUCGACUCACACCAUUCAAGAUAUGCAAGGUCACUAGAGAAAGGCAGCAGCAGUUCAUCAAGCGACAAGCCUUCAGACAGUUCAGCGAAUUCGAACAAUAAGGAACAAAACAAGAAACCUCAUAUAAAGAAACCUCUCAACGCCUUCAUGCUCUAUAUGAAGGAGAUGAGGGCGAAGGUAGUCGCCGAAUGUACCCUCAAGGAGUCAGCAGCCAUCAAUCAAAUACUAGGCCGACGGUGGCAUUCGUUGAGCCGCGAGGAACAAGCAAAGUACUAUGAGAAAGCGAGACAAGAGAGACAGCUCCAUAUGCAGCUGUACCCCGGGUGGAGCGCCAGGGACAACUACGGUUACGGCUCCAAAAAGAAAAAGCGGAAAAAGGACCGCAGUCCCGCAGAGCUGGGAGGAAAUAAUUUGAAGAAAUGUCGAGCGAGAUACGGUCUCGACCAACAGAACCAAUGGUGCAAGCCUUGCAGGCGGAAGAAGAAGUGCGUUCGCUACAUGGAAGCGUUGGCGGCGGCGUCGGGGACCGUGGCGAUGCCGAUGGCGACGCCGCAGUCGCCCUGCUCUGAAGAAGACGUUAAGCUGGAGGAGAUGUCGGACGCGUCCAGCUCGGGCGACGCCGACACGCCGCUGUCGGCGUCCAGCCCGGGCGGGCUGAGCGCGCUGUCGUCGCUGGCCUCGCCCGCCAGCGAGCCGGCGGCCCCGCCGCGCCACCCCGUGGGCACCAACCCGCGCGACGCCAACAACCCGCUGUCCGUGGGGCAGCUCACCUCGCAGACGUGGCCGCGCGCCGCGCCGCGCCCCGGACACGAGGUCAUCUCGGUCUCCUAGUGCCGCGCGGACCUCGCAGUGCAGUGCGGACCACUCGCGCCGCCUCCGCCCGCGGCUCACGGACCUCACCCGGCGGAGCGCAGCGCGAGUGGUUGACUCGGACGGGUGGCGCCACCUGUCGGACAGUGAGAGUGACGCCACCGCCACCUGGCGGCCGCGGCGAGAACGAGUGACGGUUGUGAUAAGACGUUAUAGUACCGAUGUUGCUGCAGUUCUCAACUCGUUUGGAGGAAUCCGUAGUGACUAACCUACCUCUGUUCGGCUUUUUGACGAGUAUUGAAUUUUAGGAAUACCAGCACUUUUGUGAACUUUUUAAUUUCGCUAAUUGUAUAGCGAAUUAAGAUUAUAUUCAUAAACAUAAAAGAUACCGUUUUUUCAUGUAAUAAAGUAAAAGGGCCUAAUGUUUAACUAAUGUAAUGAAACCGCACCAAGUGCUGGGUAUUCCCUGAAGUCAAGUCGUUCAACUUGAGAGUGGCUACAGCACUUCAGCCUAAUUCUACAGUAACGAUACUUUAAGUAGUCCAUUCUUCAGUCGAAGUGAUCUCAAAAUUGUGAGCCCGAAUCGAGUCAUUUAUAGUGCAUUUUUAUCAGACCCACGCUUUUAGUAACCGAAUGUGAACAACUUUCUGUAAUACUAGUCACAUAUUAAUGUGCCAUGUUUCAUCAUUUUCUAUUUUUAGACAACCUUUCACACAAUUAUGUAGUUCAAGAGUCUUUCUAAUUUUGAUCCUUCUUAAAAUAUUUCUAUAGCCCAAAUAAAACUGAAAAUACUAAAUUAAAUGUAAGUCAAAUCACAUCAUCAGUCAAAACAUAUUCAGUCAUUAAUUAUUUAUUGUUUGAUUUGCAAGUAAUUUUCUAUUUUACUAUACAACAUUUCCAUUCUCACCAACGAAAUAAAAGGGUUUUAAAUAUUUUUUCUUACAUGUUUCAAAAUAAUUUGGUUAAAUAAAAGUGUGGGUUUUUUUACCACCUGUACCUUGAGUAGUCAACAAUAUUUUAGCCAUAAUAUACCACUGAUUUCAAUCAAUUAAAUUAACUAAUGCAUCUUUUCAAAAUCGCUGUUGUUUGAAAGUACCUAAUGUAAUAACAUCGAAAGAAAACCAUGUAUGAUUUCAACCGUUUUUGAUUUUUAAAUAUUGUGACGAACAAUUCUUUCUUGCUCUCUUGAUAUGGACAUUUUAAUACAGGCCUGACUUGGCGAAAAUGCAUUCUUACAAAUUGACGAAAAUAUUGGUUUUAUCAAUCGGACUUCAAUUUUAAUUGCAUGUUAUACAAAAACAUACCUUACUGCCCAAUUAUAGAAUUUACUUUAAAUUGAAGGACACUGACUAAAAUCUACACUCUGUUAAAACACUUUUAGACAGUGUCUAUCAAUAGGUAUAAAGUUUCUUCUGGAUUCUAAAGGGUGUGUUUUUACUACUAAAGACUCUGUCAAACUUAUUACAUUAUUAAGUUUAUUUUAUUUCCUUAUUGCAAUUUUAAUACUUCACUUAUCUUUAUUGUGACUUUGGUAAAGUUCUUAAUUGUACGUAUUUCAUUGGAUUAAGAACUUUAACUUGGUGGCAAUAAUGUCCAAAAUAAAACAUACUUAUCUGCCCAUUGGAUUCAAAGAUAAGCUUUAUUUUGUAAUAAGUUCAUAAAAUGCAUUCUCGUCUUUAGAGAGGAAGGCCUGGUUCUUAACUUUCCUAAGUACGGCCUGCACCAGAUAAAGGUUCCAUAGCGAUAUAGAGUUUCAAUUUAGUUAUUAAAAUGUUUUCCCUUCGCAUAUGCUUGUGUAUAAAGUUAUUGUUAAGGCGAGCGGAGGGAAAAAUGUUUUUCCGUUGUACGGAACUUGUUAGACUGUCGUAGAUUAGACUAGGCACGUUGUAUGAGUGAAGUAUAUCAUAAGGUGUUGUGCCGAAUGUGCUUUGUACAAUAUUACUAUUUUAUCUAUAGCACAAAGUGGUUUCUUUUUAUUGAAAUGUGACUUGUUAUGAUUUAAUGAUGUAAAGCAAGCCUGUCUUGUUAGUGAAAUUUGUAUUUAUAGUAUUGUUGAAUAAUGAAUCUUUACAAUAGUAAAGAUUGCAUGUUGAAUGUAUCAAUAUUUUUUUUGAACGUUAAUGAUUUUUUUAUCCACUUUUUGUGCACGUACGUGUUCUAGUACAAUUUUAAAACAGCGCCAUCUACCUUUGGGUUAUAUGCAACUCAAUAGUUCAAGUAAUUACCGCAAGAUGGCAGCCUAACGUGGCACUUCGGGACAACACCACUCUGUAUAUGUGUAAGUACAUACAUGAUGUAAAAAUAUAGCUAUAAUCUAACUGUGUCAUAUUAGUAUAUAAGUGUACUAUGCUACUUACAUAUGUAUACAUUAUUAUUAUAUAAAGAAAGAAGUUUAAAAGAAAAAAUAUUAGUUAAAUACUGACUCGAAACUGAAAUGUUUGGUACAUACGAAGACACAAGAUAUUUUAUAAUUGGCAACCCCCGAUAGGAGUCAAAUUUGUAAAUAAAUUUGUAAUUCACGAGUAUAUAGGACAUUUUGGUAUAAAAAUAUUGCAUUUAUAUUAUUAUUAAAAGCGAUUAGUGCCCUCGGAAUGUUCUCGGAUGGUUUGUUUUGUCCAACAAAUGAUUUUUGUUAAUUACUUUUUAUUGUUAUUAUUAAGAAUUUUAACGUUGUUACUUGAAAUGCCAACCCUACAUUGAUUGAUUUAUAAAUUCUGCUCUCGGUGAUUGAAAAUUAAAUUUUAAUCGGAUAUUAUACUUGACCAAGGAAAUGCAACUUAUAUUAACUGACGAUGUAAUAUCAGCAUGUUUACAAUAUGACAGAAUUAUUAUGAACAUUAUCAUAUAUUGAUUAUUCGUACGAUUUUGCAUGAAAUCCGAAUUUGUGCAAUACUAAAUAAAUGGGUACUGUAUAGUUUUCUAAAUAUUAAAUUAGAUUUUCUUAAAAUUAAUUAAUAAGGUCUAUUUUUGAGUUUUAUAGAGAAUGAUGGAUUUGAUUUUUUAUACUUAUCGAAAAGGAAGUUUUUAUUUUUAAUAAUGAUUUUUAUCCCGUGCCAAAACCAUCUAGAACUACAGAUUGCCAGGGAAUAAGACCAGUUAUGACGAUAUAAUGUCUGUGCCAAAUUUAUGUACGAAACCCGCAGGUAUAGAACAUACCUAACUUGUCUUUAUGUUGAUAGAUUUUAUAGGUUGUUUUUUAUUGUUAAGAGGGUAAUGACAGAUGGCUCUUAUGUUGGGCCAGUUAUUUUUUGUAGAGAAAAAUUGACAAAUUAGUAAACUCAAUUAUUAGGUCUGGUCCCAUGUCUUGUGUUCAGUUGAACGAAUAUUAUUUUAAUAAACAACUUAAAAAUUGUA